AGAUACCUGUUAUAUCAAAAUUCUGCUUUAUUUAAAUGUCGUGAAGAAUGAUUAAUGAUAUGAUACAAUGAUUAUUGUCAUUUUUAUCUAAAUUUCAUAUAUCUCAAAUGAACUAUUAAAUGUGUCAAUAAAAUAAAAAGGGAAAUAACAAUUAUUCGGUUAAAAUAAAAUAAAAUAAAAAUUGUGAAACGAAAGAAAGGAAAUAUUGUUAUAACUGGUCCGGGACCAGGAGGCGUUUGGAACGCAGAAUUGGAAACCCGGCACUGACGAGUGUUUUGUGGGUUAUUCCAAAAUUAGGGUCCGGGACCCGAACGUGGACACGUACCACGUUGUUAACGUAGGACAAAUUUGAUAGUGUUCUGGGAACACGUUGCGGUUGGACCGCGGGAAUAAAAUACGUUGCGGUUGGACCGCGUAGAAUAGGACUUAGUGUUCUGGGAACACGUUGCGGUUGGACCGCGGGAAUAGAAUACAGUAGAAUAGGACUUAGUGUUCUGGGAACACGUUGCGGUUGGACCGCGGGAAUAGAAUACAGUAGAAUAGGACUUAGUGUUCUGGGAACACGUUGCGGUUGGACCGCGGGAAUAGAAUACAGUAGAAUAGGAUUUAGUGUUCUGGGAACACAGAGCGGUUGGACCGCGAUACAUAGAGAUUGAAGUGGGUUUCAUACCCGAGAAAGUGGUCAGGGACCACGGGCAACGCAGCGGUUGGACCGCAUAAAGAGAAAGCGAAAGUGGUAAGAAAGCCACGAAAUAGUCGAAAAUACGAAGAGAAUAUUGGUAUUUGAAAAAGUUUUAUUGUAAGCAAUAUUGUUAAGUUGUGCUAAAGAAUAGGAAUUUGAAACUUACUGAAGAUUGUACGAAAUGGCUGCUUAUUUUUAAAUGUGCUGUUUAUUUGCGCUGUUUGCUACCGGUAUAUUAUCAGCUUUACUAAGGACUGACAGCAAAUAACAUUGAGAGGAAGAAUAAACGAGAUAUUCAGGGUAAGACAUAUUUUAGUGGAAGAUAACAUGAAGACUCUUAAAGAGCAAUGGGAGGCAGCCGUAGAACAGCUUUUGAGUGGGUUAGAAGAAAGAGAAAGGCUCAAAAAGACUCAGAAAUUGCAAGAAAUGUAUGAAGAAUGGAAACAACUUAAGGGUUACGAAGAUAGGACGAAGACAAGUUUGAAAGAGCAAGUAAUUGUUCAAGAAAGUGAAGCGCACAGGAAGUUUCAGAGAGAGGACAAAAAGGAAGUGGGGUUUCUAGCUAGAAAGAAGCAUGACAAGGAAGUGAAGAGACUACGUGAAGAGUUUCAUUUGUGGCAUAGUAUGGCAGUUAGUUGUGUGGCUUUGGUACAGAUGGAUAGAGAGAGACAAGAGACAGAAAAGAAAGUAGAAAUAAAAAAGAGUGACCUUAAAGAGAAGGAAGCAAACAAAAUUCAAGAGGGGAGGGAAAUAGCAUCCAUAUAUCCAGCACUGCCACCCACUGCUCCACCUCCAUAUGCCCCGCCCCAUACACAGUUGCCAGUAUUUGAAGUACAAAAGGGUGUGUUGGACAUGGAGCAGCGGGAGGGAAAUCGCUGGAAAAUAAAAUCAGGGAAAUUAAAUUUAAUAACAGAAAACGAGACAGAGGAGAGAGAAAUAGCACGAGAAACAGCUGAAUUGAUGAGAACACAUAGAGAGCAAGCGGCACAGGCAGAACAGAAGAUGGCAGCUCUGGAGAAAGAACUGAGGGAACAAUGGAAUAGCGUAGUACAGGAAAGGACAUUUCAACCCGGAGCACAAAGCACCCCAGGAGAAACAUUGAGUAGCAGAUUCAUAACAGUGGACGAGACUGGGAGUCAGAUAGAGGUUGAAGAACAGGGAACAUAUCCAGUUGAAAUCAGAGGAGAAAUGAAGGUGGGUAAGAGGAUGAAAGAGGAGAGCAGAUAUAACUACAGUAUACAGACACCAAAGAAAGAACAGGAAGAAGAUGAACAGGAAUGUAGGGAACUACAUCUCAUUCGUAGGGUACCUAAUAUCUGCCCCCUAGUGGAGACAAGUGGAAAGGUAGAAUACAAACCAUGGUCAUUCACAGACAUGGGAGCUAUCCUUGCAAAGCUACCUCAUAUCACGAGUGGUGGGGGUAAAUGGAUAGGGAAGGUAAUAACUUUGACACAAGGGCAUACGUUGGCGAUCGGAGACCUUAGAGCAUUAUUGGGACAGGUACUGACCGUAGGACAGAUUACGGAAAUUGAGCGAGAGGCAGGAACGGUAGGAUUAUAUGAUGACUAUCCAUACUGUCGAGUUGCAUCAGAUUGGGGAAAGGCACUGCGAAAGCUGUACCCAGCGCCAGCAGGCACCCUUUACAAUAUAAAAUUUUCUCCAAAAGGGGAAGAAACAGCAGCAGCAUAUCUGAGUCGAUGCAAAGGAGAGUGGGAAGAGCAAACAGGGGCUCAUCCACAUUCAGAUAGAAUACAGGAACAGAUGUUCAGAGCUGCUGUAUUGGAAGGGACUCCUAAAUCUGUACAGGAUGAAAUAAAAGCCAACCCCGACUUACCAGGUGCUUUAUGUGAGGUUUGGGAACGACAUUUCCUUCAUCACAUGUCUAGGGCGAACGAAAAAGAAAAAGAAAAGGUAGGGGAAGUAGAGGAAUUGAAAAAACAGUUGCUAAAAUUACAGUUGCAGGAAGCAAGAUCUAAAUUAAAUGAAGAAAAAGGGAAAAAGAAGGAUAUACAAAUGGUAGUUCAGGAGAGGAAAGCCCCUCCAAGAUAUAACAAAGAACAGGAAGUUGACCCAUCAAAUGUUAAAUGGGAGAGAACCACCCAAAGACCAAUGUAUUACUCCAAUAGAGGUAGGGGUGGGGAUUACAAUAGGGGGAGGGGAAGAGUGCAGUAUCAGGAAGGGUGUUUCCGUUGUGGUCGUCCGGGACACUUCGUCCGUGAUUGUCGGCAACCUGAACUCGGAGCCCAACAGAGACCGUCUCGGGGCAGAGGCCAUAACCCACACAUGGCCCCUAACGUGGAAAAAGCACCACGACCACACUCGCAGUACCCUUUGUCCACUGGAGGGGAAAGGGAGUGGUACUGAGACAGCCCACGGAACGACCUCAGCAGGGUCAGGGCGGAACCCUUGCUGACUUUGGAGGUAAACACACGUCCUGUUGAAUUCCUGGUGGAUACUGGGGCAACAUACUCCACACUGAACUUUGAACUUCCAAAAAAUCUUAUUUCAGACGAAACCACUGAAGUAAGGGGGUUUUCCGGGGCUAUAACUAGACUGCCAUUCUCCAAAGAACUCACAGUGCAGUGCAUGAAAAAACAAUCACUGACUCACUCUUUUCUGCUGUCAUAUUCCUCACCGACAAAUUUGUUGGGAAGAGACUUGCUAGUGAAACUUGGAGCCGAAAUCCUAUGCAGC